UUCCUGCAGUAGCGGGUCUCACUUGCUGAAGCUGCAGUACCUUGAUCAGGAAAUCAAGGUAAGAACAAGACAGUAGAUUCAGUUAAAAAUAAUAACAACAACAACAUUGGAUCCUAGUUGGGUCAGAACUGAAGAACUGAGCUGCUCAUGUGAUGGGAUGCAACAGCAUGCCAUUCCAAAAAGAAAGUUUCAGAUGAGUAGAGCCUUUGAAUUGAAAGCAGUCAAAGGAAGGAAGAAGAUGCUGAUCACAUGUAACUGGAUGUGGUAGAAGAAUGCAGCUGCUGCAGAGGUUCCAGUGGGAAUUUAUUGCCUACUGCAGAAUUCAGUGGAAUUACUGCUGAGAACAACAGGAAGAAAAUUCACUAGCUCUUGGUAUCUUUCCAUUGGAUCGGAUGAGCGCAUUGAUGGAUUUGUGGGAGGACCAUAUCGUGGUGCCUUCGACCAAGUUGAUGACAAGAAAUUGGACCAGCAGUACGGCCUUCGGCCGGCAGGCAUCCAAUCUAAGCAAAUACGGAGUAGAUGCUUGGCAUGGAAGAGUUCGAACCGACCGGUGACGCACCAAAGCUCUCGUGCUGGCAAGCACAAAGAUUAUAACUUUGAUUUGAACUAGACUGGAUUCCACAUACCAAGCCAAACAGAUAAAAUCGAAUUGCGGCCCUUGUUUCAAACCAAAGUAUCAAAUUGCAACAUCAUACUAAUCCACUUAAUAUGGAUAUCUUUCCCAUAUGCAGCAUGCUUACCGGAAAUUCAUCUGCGGACUCGAUCUGCAAACAGACAUCCAUGUUCGGACUAAUAGUAUGCCAAUCGCAGCCCAGGCCCAACAAAGCGCAGGUCCAGGCCCAAGAAAGCCCAGGUCCAGGCCCACUUCCAAGAAAAGUACUCCUAGAAUUACUCCUCCUCGUCUGAAUUGCAGAAGAACAACACUCGGCCCGUUUCCCCUAAAAAAAACACACUCGCCCCGUCUGAAUUUCAGCCCUUCUAGAAUCUCACCCCCAUAGUCAAGUCAGCAGCACGCAUAGGAAAAAUGAUCCAACUAAAAGCCGCAGAAAAGAAAACACAAAUAAAACCCCAUGAAUUUGCUCUAGACGUCCAACCAUGUGAUCUCCUUAGUCCAACAACUUGCUCUUACUUUGAAUUAAUCUCCUCAGUCCUUAAUCCAAAUUCCUCUGCACCUAGCAGCUAAGUAGCAGUAAUGCCGCUAUAAAAUGAAGGCCCCCUGCUUUGCAUUGCUCUCAUCAGCCAUCAGCACUAAUCAACCAAGCAUCAGUGAGCUACCGACUGACUGACCGAGAAUCAAGAUGGUGUCCGGCUGCGUGAUGACGGAGGACUGCCCGCUGUCCGUGUCAGCAGAGCGAGUGUGGAAGGUGGCCUUCUCCGGCGCCGGCGCCGACGGCCACUCGGCGCUCCGCAAGGCCUGCGCGGGCUUCAUCGACGCCGUGGACGUCAACGGCGACGGCGGGCCGGGGAGCGUGACCACCAUGACGCUGAGCCCGGCCGUGGCGGCGGGCUUCGGUGGGGCGGCCACGAUGAAGAGCCGCGUGGUGUCCCGCGACGCGGCCGCCAUGGCGAUCCGGACGGAGGUGCUCGAGGGCGGCCGGGUCAGCGGGCUGCUCAAGUCGCAGGUGGCCGAGGUGAGGCUCGUCGAGGAUGCCGCUGAUGCCGGAUGCGUGGCCAAGCUCACGGUGGAGUAUGAGAGGAUCGAUGGCGGCGGCGCGCUGUCGGCGGAGGAUCAGGCUAGCCUGGCUUCUGGGUAUCUUGGGUUGCUCAAGAAGGUCGAGGCCUACCUCGUCGCACACCCUGAAGAGUAGUACGUGCAACGCCUAAAUUGAGCCAACAGAGAGUAAGUUGUGAAGAGGAGUGGAAUAAAUCAACCUGUUAUGUUACGGUUGAGUAAAUGUUUUUGGUGAAAUAAUCAGAGCAAGGUACAUGCGAGUGUGUAAUAUCCCUGUUUUGAGUGUGUAAUCCUGAGCUUGUAAUAAAGUUUGAAUAUGAUUGUAAUUUGGUUUUGUGAUGAAUGUAUGAGAAAUUGCCUA